CUCAAACAUGAGCACAUGUCUGACGAGGCGAGAUUCUUUCUCUUAGGGCCUCUGAAUAAUAACAAAGCCCAGAAGAAGUCCCUUGUGGCUAGUUUGUGGUACAAUUGGAAAUGUUUAUCUGACAAGUUGCGGGAAAAUGAAGGCUUAGAUGAAGGGGUAUACUUAGCUGAUUGCCUUAUUCUUCCGCUCCGUCUCCAACUCCCCAUACGACCCGCCGACAUCUACUACAAAACUGUGCAGACUUUAACAGGUCUUAAUCUUGACCUGGAGUGCCUCGGUGGUGGUAGAAUCAUGCACGACCCUGCCAAAAAAAAUAUUAAAGUCUACGGUUAUUCCCAGGGUUUCGGGAAAGCAGACCACCAGAUAACUGUGUCAAUCCUCAAGACCGUCUACAAGGACUAUGAAAUAACCUGGUCAGAUGAGGGCUAUUAAAAUUGAUCCAAGUUCUUCCACGAUUGCCGAUUACGCAUAAGCAGAGAACAAACAGUUCACUAUCUUUCGUAUUUCUUGCUCACGCAAUCAAUUUUUCAAAGAUGAAAAUAAGUAAUAUAAUAUAUAAAACCAAUAGGGCAGUUUGAAACCUCAGAUUUUAUGCUUUGACUCUCUUACGCUAAGCGCACAAAUGUGUUUCUUAAUAAAAAAAAUUUUAAAGCCUUCAAAUUGUCAAUUUAACAAACCAAAAAUUAAACAUUUAUAGCCUCAUUCAGUAUUUCCUCUGCUUUUGCAAUUUGCUCACACAUCUGCUAUUUGAUUAUAAUAACUUUGUUAUUAUCUCCAAAAUGGAUUGUUCAUCACACAUUUAUGAAAAAGUGUACCUUGUUCAAUUAAUAAUAUUGUUAAUUCUAAUAUUUGAUUUGGAAAUAAAAUAGGUGAAUAAGG